AUGCCAGAUAAACAUAAACUUAAAUUAUUCUCAAAACAUAAACCUGAGAGUGACAGUUUGAGUCCAUCAAGUACAAAUAGAAGAUUCCUUGGUUUUCAUAUUGGUAGACAUGACUCAGAUGAUUCUUUAACAUCUCCAACUAUUACCAAUUCUACGGAUAUACAACAACAACCACAACUGGUCUCACAACAACUAGCUCAACUGCAACAACAACCAGGUCAACAACAACUGCUGGCCCCAGCACUGAAGGUGGCUCUGCAACAAUCACAACCACCUACACCUACACCUACAUCGCCACACCAAAGUCUUUCCGGAUUACAAUCUUCACAAUUUACCGAAGAUUCAAGUCAUGCAUUUACAAAACCAAGUUCUAUGGUUGAUUUAAAACGAUUCUUUAAACCAACCAAGAAAACAUCCAAUUCAGCCAGAAAUGUCACCAACACUUAUAAUAAUCAAAUCCAUUCUCCAUCAGUCUUAAGUGGAGGAACCAGUAGUGGAUUACAAUCUCGAGAACAUUCAAGUACUUCAUUAGCUAAUUUAAUCAAUCAAACUUCUUCACAAUUAUUACAUAAUGCAUCACAUUCUACCAAUACUAAUCGUGAUCCAUUCACCGAUGAUAAUUCCCCCUUGGUUAAGAAAUAUGGAAAAAUUGGAAAAGAAUUGGGUAGUGGAGCAGGAGGGUCAGUUAAAUUAAUUACAAGACCAAGUGAUUCUAAAACAUUUGCCGUUAAAGAAUUUAGACCUAGAAGAUCAACUGAAUCUUUAAAAGAUUAUACUAGGAAAUGUACUGCUGAAUAUUGUAUUGGAUCAACUUUAAAACAUCCAAAUAUUAUUAAGACAAUUGAUAUAAUUCAUGAAAAUAAUCGAUAUUUUGAAAUUAUGGAAUAUGCUCCCAUUGAUUUCUUUGCCGUGGUUAUGAGUGGAGAAAUGUCAAGAGGUGAAGUUAAUUGUUGUUUAAAACAAAUAUUAGAAGGGGUUAAUUAUUUACAUAGUUUAGGAUUAGCUCAUCGAGAUUUAAAAUUAGAUAAUUGUGUGAUUACAACUGAUGGAAUAUUAAAAAUUAUUGAUUUUGGAAGUGCUGUGAUUUUCAAAUAUCCUUAUGAUCAAUAUGGAAAUUCAAAAGAUUCAAUUCAUCCUUGUCAUGGUAUAGUUGGAUCUGAUCCUUAUUUAGCUCCUGAAGUUUUAAAAUCUCCUGGAUCUUAUAAUCCUCAACCAGUCGAUUUAUGGUCAAUUGCAAUUAUUUAUUGUUGUAUGACAUUGAAAAGAUUUCCGUGGAAAAUACCCAAUAUUGACAAAGAUAAUAGUUUUAAACUUUAUUGUAUGAGUGAUGAUAAUUGGCAUGAUUAUUAUUUAAGUAAUGAAUGUCAUAAAUUGUUAUUACAACAAAGGAAAUUAAAGAAUAUUAUUGUAAGACUGAAUAAAAAGAAGAAGUUAGAAGAAGAGAAGAAGAGAAAGGAGGAAGAACAACAACAACAAGAGGAUGGUGAUGAUGACGAUUCAGCCAUGGAUCAAGAUGGACAAUCAGAAUCAGAACAAGCAGAAGAGUUACCAGAACAAACUCCACCUCCAGCACAGCAAGAACAAACAUCACAACAACCACAGUCAACGGAAAUCGCAAGACGAGAUUCGAAAUUGGAAAAUGUUGAAGUAUUAUCUGAAGAACAAAUAGAUGAUAUAAUGUCUCAAUUAAGAGUAAUUGAUGUAAAAUUACAAGAAUAUGAAAAUAUCAAGAAUGAAAUGAAGAUCAAAUGGAUGGAUGAAAGAAAACGAGAUCCAAUCUAUCAACAACAAUUAUUUGAAGAACAACAAAAACAACGUCAAUUAGAAGCUCAACAACAAAAAGAAGCUGAAGAAAAAAAUGGUAAUGGUGGAACUACUACUACACCAGCCAAGAAGAAACAAUCUCAACAUAAACAAAUUCAUGGUCCUUAUAGAUUGAUGAGAUUGUUACCCCAUGCAUCUAGACCAAUUAUAUUUAAAAUGUUACAAGUUGAUCCCAGGAAAAGAGCCACUUUGGAAGAAAUUUUAUCUGAUGAAUGGAUUAAAGAAAUUCAAUGUUGUACUUUAAAAAGAAUUACCAAGAGUAUUGAUAAUAUUGGGGCAAGUUUUGAUGAAGAUGAAGAUGAAUUAUUGGUGAAAGGAAUGCCUGCUCAUGAUCAUACUGUAGUUUUAGAUUAA